AUGGGACUCUUUCACUGGGAUACCGAUAUCAACUUCACCCCCGGCUCCCACCACUACAAGUGGAACUUUGCCACCGGCCGCUUCGAAAAAGCUACUAACUGGUGGAACCCCUUCGCCUCCUCCUCAGCCUCCUUCCCCGACCCCGUCGUCCAACAUGUUCAGGACAUCUUCGCGCCCGGCUCUCAGUUCAGAGAAGACCUGAGCUGGUUCGGCCACUGGAUCUCCAGCGUGGUGAACAAAAGCCUCUGGCCGACCCUCGAGCCGACGGUGAAUAGGUUCGCCGGGUUCCUGCACCACUCCCCCGAGAUGGUCUCCGCGAUCGUGGUGCUGCUGGUGAUUUUUGUCUCGAUCCAGAUCGUCAGGUUGAUGCACAGGGUGGUGAGGUUUUGGACGAGGUUGCUGGUCAGGCUGGCUUUUUGGGGGGUGGUGGGGUUGGUGGUUAGUAUGGCGUGGGAUAGGGGGUUGGAGCAGAGCAUAAGGGACUUGGUCUUGGUGGGCACGGGAUUGUACAGAUGGGGAAAGAGGGCGGGGCAGGUCUUUUGGGAUGAGUAUGAGAAGGCUCAGAGGGAGGUUCAGGAUGAUUGGAAGGGUUGGUGAGGAGGAGGUUUUGUUGGUCGUUGCGAAACGGAGAGAGUGUGACAAAAGCAGUAGGAAGGAGACAUGGUUAUGAUUGGGCUGGGAAAAGGAGUAAUAGGGGUUGAAGGGCGGACAUUUGGAAUGACGAUUUGGCUCUCGUGGACUUGGCUAAGGUAGCAUGAUCAGGAGUUUGGUGGCUGGUUUACUUGGGAAUUAUUUGGGCGGGGGAUUAGAGUGGUGCAUUAUCUUCGGGGAACAUAUCAACCUUACGAACAAACGUGGCACCGACAAUGGACGACGUACUUUCGCUCUUGAUAGCAGCAAGCCAGC